UCGCGUGCUGACUGUUGCAUGCAACGGAGGUGUUUGAGCAGUGUGUGAUACCGAUUUUUACUUAUUCUGUUUUUUUUCAAAACAAAAAUAUAACGUAAUAUAUACGUUUAAUACCUUUUAUAAAUAUUUGUCUGUUGUUAUUGGUUAAAUAAACAAUCAAUUACGGUGGCGUUAACCCGUUCCAACGGGGCGGCCAAAUAAUUCUUCCCUCUUCACGGAAGGAAGUAACUUAAUAUUUAAAAAAAAAAAUAAACAUCUGUAGAUUGUAGGUUAAAUUGUUUUAUAAUAACAAAUGCAGAAAGUUUUCAAUUAAGAUGAGCAACCUGCUAAAUUUCGCUCUGCGCCAGAGCGUCAAUUCCGUAAAGCGGCUUAGUCUUCAGAGUUUCAGGCUGACAGUGCCGGCUAUUGUUACCAAGACGCCGGUUGGUUCCGCGAUGAAGAGGUUCUCCUCCCAAACUACCGCCCCCUUCGAUGUGAGCACCACCGUACCCAAGGAUAUAAUACUCUUCAAGUAUGAGAACCCGCGAUUCUACACGAUGCUGAACUUUUUCGGGAUCUGCCAGUUUGUUUUCUGGACCUAUCUCUCACAUUUCGCCUUUACGACGCUCAAAGAUGCCCCGGUGGUGGAGAAACCAGGGGAGGAUCUAAAGUGGUUCCAACGCAUAAAUCUGGGGGAUAAUAAGUACAGAAACGGCAUCACAGCCUGCAGUUUCCUGAUAGGAUAUGGAAUUCUGUUUGCUGUCUGGAUGUUUACCCUGCGCUCGGUGCGUUUUCUCAUCUUGAGGAAGGGAGGCCAGAGCGUUUCCUUUGUGACCUACGGACCUUUUAACCGGAAUCGUAUUAUGACAGUGCCUUUGAAGUGCAUAUCCGCCGAGGAGUCCCGAAACAUGGCCCGGGUGCAGCUACCCAUCAAGGUCAAGGGCAAGACACUGUACUACGUUUUGGAUAUGCGCGGCGAGUUCCGGAAUCCCCAAUUGUUCGACUAUACGGCGGGUUUGAAGCGCCGCAUUUAAACGCCUUAGUUAUGUUAUUUUGUAACUUAUUAUUUGUAAAUAAAGAUGUACACUAAUUAAAAUAAA